GUCAUCCGCAGCAAGUGAAUUUUCACCUGAUGUACCGAAAUGUGUACAAGGAUCUUACUAAAGAGUUUGGGUCUGAAGAUGUGCUGUGUUCUGCCCUGGAAUCAGAAGAUCCAUCUUUUGAGUCCUCCCUUGUGGAGAAUUUGACAGGAGAGAUUGUAAAAACUUGUAGCCAAACAAACUUAGCAGCUUCUGAACCCAGGAUCCCACCAAUUAAAGCUGCAACUGGACUACAGGAAAACAAUAAGGAAAAGACCAAAAAGAAAAUUAUUCCAUCCUGGCUGAAGAUGGCUAAAUUCAAUUGGAAGAAAUCAAAGAAUGGAGCACAAAGUCUUGACAGUGAGGGCUCUCCUAUUCCAAGCACAAGUUCCUCUCAGGUUCAGGCCAUGAAGACCGAGCUAAGGGAGACUCUGGCCGAGGUCACCAAGGCUCCUGAGUGUGCAGCCAGCCGUCUGGAGAUGGCUCAGGACGAAGAGACCACAGGGUGCUGUUUCUUCAAGAUGCCCAAGUUCAAGUUCUCCUUCAAGAAAAUAAUGAGAGGAGCUAAAGUUGGGCAUUACCACGAUGUUACCUCAUUUGAAGAGCAGAACAGUAAUGUGCCAGCCUGUGAGACUCAGCUGAAGGAGGAGCAGGAUUAAAUUGCAUCUGGGCUUGCCAACACCUCAAGUCCAGAGAUGGGAC